AUGCGUUUAUCGACGCAUGGCUUCGGAAUAACCGGACAGCGACAUGUAAGCAUAAUCUUUUAUUAUAUUAAAUCACGACGCUGUAUUAAACUUGACUUUGAGGAACGGAUAUUUCACGAGCUUGUCGCUGAGAAGGAGAAGUACAAGGACAUCGGCGACGACCUUGACACGGCCUUCGUGGAACUUAUCCUCAAGGAAUAA